AUGACGAGUGAUGACCAGUUCUUUUUCGACUAUCUUUCCUCCAUACCCCAUGACGUAAGGCGGUAUUCACUCGAAGUCGCAGACUCCAUCGACCGAAAUGUCGACCACGCCGCGAAAGCGAUUAAGGAUACACUAGCGCAGCAGACAUGGCUUCCACCUACUGUGAGGCCAGCCCGCGUGAGCCCGAGGGGCCGGUCGCAAGGCCUUUCGGACCGGGUGCAAAAUUGGAUGGCAAGGAAUCGCGCAUGGACGGCGGCCAUCUUCGCGUUCAUCGGAACUGGUGUCGUUUUGUACUACGGAAGCAAGAAGCUCCAUGGCAAGCGCAGAAAAGCCAAACGGGCGAGCAACGGUGGACGGAAGGAGAUCGUGGUUGUCGCUGGAUCACCCCAUGAGCCGAUGACGAGAGCUAUUGCCACGGAUCUGGAACGUCGGGGCUAUAUCGUCUAUGUGACUGUUUCUUCCGCGGAUGAAGAGCAGAUUGUCAAAUCCGAGAAUCGCGCCGACAUCAAGGCCCUGUGGAUGGACCUCACAACUACUGCCUCUUCGCCCUCCGAUGUUCACCCCUCAUUGCAAGAAAUCCGAUCCCUCAUCACCCAGCCACAGUCUCCUCUGCCAGGAGUACCCGCGCAUACCUGCCAGCUGAGCGGCGUGAUCGUGGUCCCAUCACCCAACUACAGCGCAGGCCCCGUCGCAACCAUCCCGCCAUCAUCAUGGGCCGACACAGUCAACACCCGCCUCCUCUCGCCCAUCCUUAUCGCGCAAGCCUUCCUCCCUCUCCUCACCCUCCGCAGCAACAGCAGCACCCUCCUCUUCGCAUACCCCUCCAUCUCAUCCUCCCUGUCCGCACCCUUCGCUGGACCCGAAGUAGCCAUAACACGCGCAAUCUCCGGCUUCGCAGACUCUCUCCGCCAAGAGCUUCGCCUGCUGGAAAACAGCAACGUGAACGUCGUCGAACUGCGUCUCGGAAACAUCGACCUGGGACCCAUCUUCCGAGCCGGUCAGAGCCAAAUCGCAGGCACAGAGGUCCUCGCCUGGAGCACCCAGCAGCGAGCCUUGUAUGCCUCGCAAUACCUCAACAGUGUUGAGCAGCGUCCCGUCGCCUCUGCCGGCCCUGGUACGGUACGUGGAUCCCCCGCGCGUAAGCUCCACUAUGCUAUUUUGGAUGCGCUGGAGCCUACCACGCGGGAUAUGUUUGGUCGGAAAACAACCAAGAAAUCCGUCAUGUAUGUGGGAAGGGGAGCUCGCUCGUACAGCUUCAUUGGCGCUUGGGUGCCGAGUGGACUCGUGGCGCUGAUGAUGGGGUACCGCGGGAACGGAAGUGCGUCUGAUACCCCCAGUGGAAGUGGCAGUGAAACUAGCUGGGAGAGAGUUUAG